CGAGAACGGCAUUCCUCCGUCGACAGUCUCUGUAGUCAGUCAGUGCCGCUCAUCGCUGGGAAGAGAAAGUUGCUGUGCGUUAACGGAUUACACCACCUGGUUUGAAGACUUUUUGGAUUACGGGAUGUGUCGAGACGUGUGAGUGGUGUCCGAAAAGAGAACUGUGUUUUUUUAGUUUUUUUGUUUUGGUUCAGUUUUUGAGAGUAUCAAGAUGAAAAUGGCCACAGACGCACAGCGUUUAAUAAGCAUCUCACUGACGAAGAUCGCCCAGUCGAGGGCUCAGCGGGGCGGAGUGAGCCUGCACAAGAACCUACUGGUCGCGACGGUCCUGCAGAAAGCGAGGUACAUAUUUAUGGAAGAAGCCUAUCACAUGGUGCACAACCAACCUGUGGAAUACCCGGCCGCCGCCGCCGCGCCCCCUGCGCCUCCGGCGGUCCAAGAGACGGCCUCUGCCCCCGCCCCCGCCCCGGCCAACCCCCUGCCGACGGCCGUCUACUACGAAGACACCCUCGUCCUCUCCCAGAACGAAGACGUCCAAGAGGAGCUGAGCUUCUUCACCCCCAGUUCCCCUGUCUGCAUCAGGUGUCCUCCGGAGUGCGACAAGGAGAACCAGGCGCCUGUCGAAGCGCCCACCUACCUCGACCUCGACAACGAAAAGACGAGAAACGCGUACAAAGGGGCGGCGGCGAAAAGGCGGAGGGUCUCCGAAUGGGAGACGGAAGAGGCGGUACUCAGCAUCCUUCCAAAAAAGGCGAGGCGGGAAGACGAAGAGGAUUCUGUUUUCGUGGACGAGUCUCUUUUAGACGAAGGUUCGACGACGAUGGAGAUUGACAGAAUCACCAGCCUCGUAUCCAUCUUCAGCUUCGGCAGCCUCAACGGCGACAGCCUCGGAAAGCUCACCCGAUCUUCCUCCACCCCGGAUCUCUGCUCUGCUCAAGCUAAAGAAAUCGACGUCCUACAACAGCGGCCGUUUCUAGCAAUGACUGUAUAACGAAAACUCCCCUUACCCCAUAAAGUUACCCAAUGUACAUAAGGUAUGUACAAUAGUAUUUAGUCGACGCUCAAGCCUUGACAACUUACUAUUGCUCAAAUCCUGUUUUUUCUUUUUAAAAUUUUUUUUCAAAGUUUCUUUUUUGUAUAAAAGGUUUUGUUUCCUCUUUUUCUUUUUUUCUAUCUUCUCUCAGAUUAUUAUAUUUUUAUACUGUAUAAAUUUACAUUUUUUAAAAGAUUUUAUUUUUCAUGUAUAAAAGACUUAAGAGUUUUGGCUCUGUUUUAAGGGCCUUGGAUAUAAUGUAAAUUUGACUGUGUAUAUAUAUAUUUGAAGUAUAUUACAUUGAACAUACGAAAAUAUAAAGAUUUAUAAUAUAUA